CAUUUCAUAAAGAAAAAAGAGAGUAAAACCCCCCAAAAAAAAGAUGGAUUGUAGAACAAGAAUGAUACUUGUCCUAACCCUGAUUUUAAUGUCCGUAUGGGGUUCAGACGCAUCCGCAAUGCAAACGACAAAGUUGGACGCACCGCUUUUAACUGAAAAAAUCGCAACAAACAGAUCGAUAAUUGUCGAUAUUGAAGGCAAAGGAGACUACACUUCGGUUCAAAAAGCCAUUGAUGCUGUCCCUGUUGGUAACUCUAAUUGGAUUAUCGUCCAUGUCCGUAAAGGAAUCUACAAAGAGAGAGUGCACAUUCCGGAGAACAAGCCGUUCAUAUUUAUGAGAGGUAACGGAAGAGGAAAAACGGUCAUCGAAUCAUCGCAAAGCUCGGUCGAUAAUGUUGCUUCAGCCACUUUCAAAGUCGAAGCUAAUCACUUCGUUGCUUUUGGUAUCACCAUCAGGAAUGAUGCACCGGUCGGAAUGGCGUUCACGUCUGAUAACCAAUCCGUGGCAGCGUUUGUGGCUGCCGACAAAGUUGCGUUUUAUCAUUGUGCGUUCUUCAGCUUGCACAACACUUUGUUUGAUAACAAAGGUAGACAUUAUUACCAUCAGUGUUACAUCCAAGGCUCUAUCGACUUCAUCUUCGGUCGUGCAACUUCCAUUUUCAACAACUGUGAGAUAUUUGUGAUAUCGGACAAGAGGGUGAAACCCUACGGGUCAAUCACAGCACACCACAGGGAAAACGCAGAGGAAAAUACUGGUUAUGUUUUCAUAAGAGGCAAAGUGUACGGAAUCGAUGAAGUUUACUUGGGAAGGGCCAAAGGACCGUACUCUCGGGUCAUCUUUGCCAAGACUUACUUUUCCAAGACCGUUGUCCCUGACGGUUGGACCAACUGGAGCUACGACGGCUCAACCAAGGACUUAUACCACGCAGAGUAUAAGUGUCAUGGACCAGGUGCUGAUAGGCAACGUAGAUCAAGUUGGGCCAAAGAACUUACCAAACAAGAAGUUGAGUCUUUCUUGUCCAUUGAUUUCAUUGAUGGAACGGCAUGGCUUCCUGUUUGGCUUCAGCAAAAGUCUUAGAGCUCCUUAUGCUGUGCGUGUUUCGCGUUUGACUUUGGCGUUAUGCGUUUUGGUGUGGUUUGGAAAAAAGCACAAUGAAGAAAGAAGAACCCCACCUUUUCUUACUACUACUAUACGAAAUAGAUAUCUCUUUUUGUUCUGAUACAAUGUUUAUAGAGUGAUUGGAAAAACUCUUAUGUGUUUCAACACAUUAUGUAAGAGUUUCCAUUUUUUAACAAUAUAUGUAACCUAAGUUAUAAAUUAUAUCUUUCAAU